AACGCAACCGGAACGUCGCCGCGUGAGUCGCCAUUUGAGAAAAAUCACGUCACUCUUUUUCAAGAUCUCGCACGAGGAUUCUUAUCGAUAACAGAAACAUGACCAAAAAUCUGAUGAUCAGGAAAGCGAUGGAGAACGGCGAUCGCGGGAGUCAUGGCCAGGCCUAUAAAGAUAAAAGCAAACCCACGGAUAUUCGCAGCAGCAACAUCAACGCUGCCAAGGCUGUCAGCGAUGCGAUACGCACAAGUCUUGGACCAAGGGGGAUGGAUAAAAUGAUUCAAGCUAGUAAUGGAGAAGUUACAAUCACAAAUGAUGGUGCUACUAUCUUAAAAGAGAUGAGUGUAAUCCAUCCUGCUGCAAAGAUGCUUGUUGAGCUGUCCAAGGCUCAGGAUGUAGAGGCUGGUGAUGGUACGACGAGUGUUGUUGUGAUAGCUGGCGCACUCUUAGAGGCAGCGGAACGUUUGUUGCAGAAAGGCAUUCAUCCCACUUCGAUUAGCGAUGCUUUCCAGAAAGCGGCGUCUAAAGGAGUAUUGAUUCUGACGCAUAUGUCUAUACCUGUUGACCUAACAGAUAAAGAAUCUCUUGUAAAGGUUGCAGCAACAUCUCUCAAUUCCAAGGUUGUGCAUCAACAAUCUAGCCUUCUCGCGCCGCUUGCCGUGGAUGCAGUAUUAAAAAUUACAGAGGAAGGAAAGGAAGUGUCUGUUGAUUUGAAUGAUAUUAAAGUAAUAAAAAAAUUGGGAGGUACUGUGGAAGAUACCGAAUUGAUAGAAGGGUUGAUAUUUACCCAAAAAUCUUGUAAUAUUAAUGGCCCGAAACGUAUCGAGAAAGCUAAGAUUGGAUUAAUUCAAUUCUGCAUUUCGCCACCAAAAACUGAUAUGGAUCAUAAUGUCGUCGUAUCAGACUAUGCGGCGAUGGAUCGUGUCUUGAAGGAAGAACGUGCUUACAUAUUGAAUAUCAUAAAACAGAUCAAGAAAUCUGGUUGCAAUGUACUUCUCGUGCAAAAGUCGGUCUUGCGCGACGCUAUUAGCGAUCUUGCAAUACAUUUCUUAGACAAAAUUAAAGUUAUGGUAGUAAAGGAUAUAGAACGCGAGGACAUUCCUUUCGUGUGUAAAACGCUAGGAUGCCGACCAAUCGCGUCCUUGGAUCACUUUGUGGCUGAAAAUCUUGUUAACGCGGAGCUCUGCGAGGAAGUUCAAACUGGAAACUCGAAAUUCGUCAAGGUUACGGGAAUUCAAAACCACGGAAAAACAGUCACGGUUCUCGUGCGAGGUAGCAACAAACUAGUCUUGGAAGAAGCUGAGAGAUCACUGCACGAUGCCCUGUGCGUCAUCCGAUGUUUGGUGAAACAGAGAGCACUGAUUGCUGGUGGCGGUGCACCAGAAAUCGAAUUGGCAUUAAAACUGGGAGAAUACGCGGUGACCUUAGGUGGAAUUGAUGCAUACUGCAUCAAGGCUUUUGCAAAUGCACUUGAGGUGAUUCCGUCGACGUUAGCCGAGAAUGCGGGUUUGAAUCCGAUAGCAACAGUGACUGAACUUCGCAAUCGACACGCAAAGGGCGAAAUAACAGCGGGAAUUAACGUCCGAAAAGGAGCUAUUACCAACAUAUUGGAGGAGAACGUGAUUCAACCCUUGUUGGUUUCUACCAGUUCGAUAACUCUCGCUUCUGAAACCGUACGCAGUAUACUGAAGAUCGAUGACAUUGUCAACACAAAUCAAUAAAUCAGAAGAUGCGAUUUAAAAUUUGAUUCUACUUUUACAUAGCACGCAUGACAGAGCACAGAUGUAAGUACUUAUUGUUAGUAUGUUAAAUCGUUUUGUACUUGUGAAGUUUUUCUUGCCUCGAGGAAAGGUUGGCUUAAAAUAAAGUUAGUCUUGAAAAUUUUUGACUUGCUAUUAAAAGGAAGAGGUAGUUAACUUUACAUAAUUCUUAUAAUUUAUAUCAUCAAUCUUAUGUAUUAUUUUAAUCUUAAUGUUUGUAUAUUUGAAAGAAAGAUAUAUACAUAACACAUA